GGCAAUGUGCCUUUUGAAGAGCAGCAACGCUGAUGAUGUCAUGAAUCCGAGCGCUCCGCUCUGUCAGCUGACGCAGACUCCGCGCUUAUAAAAUCCGAAGACGAUGAUGCAUCAAGGUGAGAGUCGCAAGAUAAAAUACACGCCGUACAGUUACCAUGUCAAAUUUCAAGUUAGCGAACAAAGUCCAGCAUUUGAUUAUACAACCCGCAGACCUGCGACUGAAUCCGCCAGAGAGCUAUCUAUACGUUCAAGAUGGGCUGAUCAUUUCCUGCGGCUUCCUCUACGUUCUGUGCUAUUUAUUUUGUACAUUCCGCGCAUAUAGAGACCAGCGAAUCCCAGGAUCGAGCUAUGGCAGUGUCCAGUAUCUAUGCCUAACAAUGGCCUACGAACUCUUCUACGCCUUCACCACCACAUCCACAACCCUAGAGCGAGUCGGCUUUCUCGCCUGGUUCAUCCAUGACGUUGCCUACGUCGCAGUCACCCUCAAGCAUGUCCAUCGUGCCGAGCACCGACCACGACUCAUCCAGAACAUGCUCAUCGGUCUCGUCCUGGGUAUAGCCGGCCUGAAAUGGCUAACGACCGUCUACCCAGAUGAUCGCGAACAAGUCACGGCGUACUGGACUGGGGUUCUCCUUCAACUUCCCAUCGGCUGGGUCUGUUUGCAUUCGUUGUAUGCGGAAGAGGGGACGAGGGGGCAUUCGUUGGAGAUGUGGAUAACUCGAUAUAUAGGCUGCUAUCUAGCUUACGGGGUGUUCAUCUGGCGAUAUUUGAAUGUGCCCCAGAAUUGGGAAUAUGUUGCUUCGCCGUGGAGUAUUGCCAUUAUGGUCGUGACUUUGCUUCCGGAGACGAUAUACCCGUUUUGCUAUGUUUGGGUAUAUAAAGCGCAGAAGGUUAAGGGGGAAUAGAUAGAUUCACUAUUUAUAUAUGACAUGACUAGAAUCAGGUGGAAUACUACCUAGCUAGAUCUUGAUAUGCACGAUCCAAUAACAGCCUUAAACUUGACUCAUUUAUCCAUUUGCC